AUGGGUCGCUCGCUGCGACGACACAAGGCCUCCCGGCCCAAAAUUAUCAAGAGGAAGAAGAAGAGCGUGAACAAGAAGCUGGACACCAGGAGCAAGGAGCCCGAGGAGCUGACGGCGCUGCGGCCGGACAUGGAGGCCAAGCUGGGUGCCCAGCCCGAGUGGGCGCACGAGUCCACCGUCGUGGCCAACUACGGGCGCCUGGGCUUCGUGGGCAACCCCAACCGGCUAUUUGGCAGGAAUGCUGUGCCGGUGUGCGCCCCCGAGCCCAGCUCCCACGCCCCCGGGAGCGAUGCUGAGGAGGCGGUCGACGAUGACGACCUGCGGGCUGUGUUGGGCAAGGUUCGCAGCACGGGCCCGGCCGCGCCCAAGCGCCUGACCAAGCACCAGCGCGACAUCGUGGCGCGGCUGGUGGCAGCGCAUGGCGACGACACCCGCGCCAUGAUGAUGGACCUGAAGCUGAACCCCAUGCAGCACAGCGAGGGCGUGCUGCAGAAGCUCAUCGCCUCUUACAAGCACUGGGGCCCCGGUGCGGGCGUCGAGUUCAGGGUCCCCGUCAAGAGCCUCUGGUAG